UGCAACGUGGGCUGGGCCGGCAACGGUAACGUGUGCGGGGCAGACACGGACCUGGACGGGUACCCCGACGAGCCCCUGCCCUGCAUCGACAACAACAAGCACUGCAAGCAGGACAACUGCCGCCUGACGCCGAAUUCGGGACAGGAGGACGCCGACAACGACGGCAUUGGUGACCAGUGCGACGACGACGCUGACGGCGAUGGGCUCAAGACAGACAACUGCCGGCUCGUCCCCAACAAGGACCAGCAGAACUCGGACACCGACUCCUUCGGGGACGCCUGUGACAACUGCCCCAAUGUCCCCAAUAAUGACCAGCGGGACACGGACAGCAACGGCGAGGGGGAUGCGUGUGAUAACGACAACGAUGGUGACGGGAUCCCCAACAUGCUGGACAACUGCCCCAAGGUCCCCAACCCCCUGCAGACGGACCGGGAUGAGGACGGCGUCGGGGACGCCUGUGACAGCUGCCCUGAAAUGAGCAACCCCACUCAGACAGAUAUGGACAGCGACCUGGUAGGAGACAUCUGUGACACCAACGAGGACAGCGAUGGGGACGGGCACCAGGACACUAAGGACAACUGCGCCGAGAUCCCCAACAGCUCCCAGCUGGACUCAGACAACGACGGCCUGGGGGACGACUGUGACAACGACGACGACAACGACGGCAUCCCUGACUACGUGGCGCCUGGCCCGGACAACUGCCGCCUCAUCCCCAACCCCAACCAGAAGGACUCGGAUGGGGAUGGCGUUGGUGACGCAUGUGAGGAGGACUUCGACAACGACACGGUGGCCGACCAGCUGGACGUGUGUCCCGAGAGCGCCGAGGUGACACUGACCGAUUUCCGCGCCUACCAGACCGUCAUCCUGGACCCUGAGGGGGACGCCCAGAUCGACCCCAAUUGGGUCGUCCUCAACCAGGGCAUGGAGAUUGUGCAGACCAUGAACAGUGACCCAGGCUUGGCUGUUGGAUACACGGCCUUCAACGGGGUGGACUUUGAGGGCACCUUCCACGUCAACACCAUCACCGACGACGACUAC